UAUUAAAAAUGUUACUGUAUAGUUAAUUUUAUGCAAUGUUUUAAUUGAAUCGGCGAUUCAUUUUAGUGUAAAGAAAUAGGAUAAAAGCCCAAAUUACUAACAAUGUCUAUAUUAUGUAUUGUCCAUCGAAGUUUAAAUGCUUUAGGAUAUAAAAAUUACAUCUUGUGUUAUUUUAUUAAAUUGUAAUAGAAUUCUUAACAAGUCUAAUUAUUGUUGCAAUAACUAAUUAAAAAUAAAAGCUAAUCUACUAAUUAGAAGGAAAAUUUAAAAUUCGAAAAACUAAUUUUUCUUCCGGGCCAUGUUUUAUUAUUAUUAUUAUAUUAGAGUUAGACAGAAAAUAGCUACAAAGAUGACAGAUCAUAGACGAAAUUUGAACAAUAAAAGUUAUUGAAAUGUAUCGAAAUUGAGCAAAAAAAUAUAGAAUAAGUUAUUAAUUUUAUAUUAUAAUUAAUUAAUAGUAAUUCAUUUCUUUGUGCUUUCCCUAAUACUACCGACAGUAUUACAGAACGGACAUCAAUCAAAUUAAUUAUAGUCAUAUUUUGGCAAUUAGCAGAUAUAACUUCUGGUAAUACUAGGGUUUUUCUUUCAAAACAUCGCAAUCGUAAUCUUAUUCGUAAUCUUAUCAUUUCUAAUAUUAGAACGCAUUCGUUUAAUAAAGUUUUGCCCCUCUUAAUAAACACAGAUCCAUUUUGAUUUGAGUUUCUCAGUUCUCGUCAGUAAUUUAUAGCAAACACACUUUGGUCCAGUACACUAUCGUAACAUUGCUUAUCAAGUGCAGUAUUGUUGCCCAAAUAAAACUUUUUCGAGAAGACAGUUUUUUUUUACUUAUUUAUACUUAUAAUGUUACGUAGUGUAUCGCAAUUUUGUUUUCGUGGACGUUGGGAACUGUGAAUUGUGUUAGGAUAUAUCGAUGUAACUCGGCACAUACAGUAUCCUCUCUCGAGUACACACAUGUAUUAGAUAUUAGAAUCACGUGAUACUGCGAUGUCACAAACAAGGAGCUUGAGGAAGGAGUCAGUCGCUUACGAGACCUUCGCGCUGUACGAAUCGCUCAGAAUAAAGUUUUGUUACUUUUGCAUAACUCCGUGAAUUCACUCAUCCCACACGUAAUCCUGUCAAAUUGGAAUAUUAUUUUGCGGGCAUUCUGAUACAUAUCGAAUUUAUCAUUACUGUGGUAUCUCGUGCUCGUAAGGUGCUGCCACACACCUUCGUCACGAAAGGCGAGCGAAGAAUGUUAUGUACGUCAGCAGAUAAUACGAGCAGUCGUGCUCGGGCCGGCGAUCUAUCGGUUCGAGAGGAUAAUAAACUACACGACUAUAGAACAUGUCGACGUACAAGUUAACGUACUUUAAUAUUGGGUGCGUUGGAGAGCCAACUAGAUACUUGUUAAGUUAUUGUGACAUCAAAUUCGAUGAUGUUAGACUCAGCUUGGAAGAGUGGCCGAAGCAUAAACCAAACAUGCCCAUGGGACAAUUGCCGAUUCUGGAGAUAGAUGGUAAGACAUACUAUCAGUCCAGAGCUAUCGCCCGUUUUAUCGCUAAGAGAAGUAAUUUAUAUGGGUCCGAUGAAUUCGAGGCUAUGGAGAUUGAUGCCAUAGUCGAUUCUAUCGAGGAUAUAAGACAAGCUUUGGGUGCUUACUACUGGGAACAGAAUCCCGCUUUCAAAGCAAAACUCAAAGAGACCGCCUACGAAAAAUUGCCUUUCUAUCUCGACAAGUUCGAGGCUCACGUUAAGAAUAACGGCGGACACUUCGUCAAUGGCAAGUUGUCGUGGCCUGAUUUCAUGUGGGCUGCGUAUUCGGAACGUCUAAGUUUUAUCCUGACCAGGGAUGUGAACCAAGAUCAUCCGGAAUUGAAGAAGUUAGUGGAGAAGAUUCGCGCCCUGCCCAACAUUAAAGCUUACAUCGAGAUGCGACCUAAAAUUUAAUACAUAGCAUUUUUUUAUAUUUAUUACGUGUCGAUAUGCGUUCUUUGCUCAAUUUUUUAGACCAAAAUGCUUCAUUAAAAUAAAGUUUGUAAAAUGAUAAUGUGCACGCAUUCAUUAUAUUAUCUAUUUCAAAACGGA